AUGGGACGAAUGCUGAGAACGAUGCCAAAGAUCUGGAAGAUUUAUGAGAGGGUGAAGGAAAUCGCUUUGACUAGCGAUAGUUUUCAAUUUGUCUUUGAACUGGAGACGAAUAUUCAGUCAGUAAUGAAACAUGAAUUUUGGACUUUUGAUGAUUGGGGAAUGGUGAUGGAGAGAUGGCAGGAAGUUCCACCAGCAAAUUUCUUACAAACGGUUCUAAUAUUGAUCCGAAUUCAUAAGAUUCCAGUUAACUACUUCACAUUUAAGACGAUGGAUGCGGUGGCUGGAGCUAUUCGAUAUGUGAAGGUUAUUGAGUAUGACCCAGAAAAGCCACAUUUACUGGAGUAUGUCAGAGUCCAAGUGAUUAUGGAUCUACAGAACCCGCUAAGAGACACAAAGCUAGUGAACCUCCCAAAAGGGUGUUCAGCAACGGUGGACAUUAAAUAUGAGAGAGUUCGAAAGAAGUGUUUCCACUGUCUACGUCUAUCUCACGAGAAACAGAAAUGCCCUCUCCUGAAGAAAGGCAAAGGCAAAAACUUUCAGCACACAGAACGACAGCCUGAGGGGACCCUUCCAGUGUAUCAUCGACAACACUCCAAUAACUUGGUGGAAACUAUUAUGCCAAUGCUAGCGCCAUCAGUUCCCCCAGGUUUUCGUCAUCUACCUAAUGUAGUGGCUCUUGAGGUGUUUGAAGAAAUGCAGUUAUACAUGAACUGUGUUGAUCCAGAAGAGAGGCGAAUUAGGGAAUUUCGUAUGAAAAAGGUUUUGUCAGACCUAUCUAAAGAUCCAAUCGCCCAAAGAUCUUGUCUUAGACUGGAGAGUCAACCAGUUAUAUCCACAGCUCUCAAUACUAAUGUGGAUAGAGUUUUUGACUUCAGACUCGCAGAGCAUCACAGAGAACUUAACGAGACUGAGAACAUCAAGAAUGCCAGUUCUUCUCAUGGGGGACAUAAAAUGUCAGAGAACCCUCUUGUGAUCCAAGAAGGCAACAAGUUAAUGUUGUCGACAAACAAGACGAGCCACAAAGAGGCUACAGAACGAGUAAUCCCUAAUUCUCAGGGGAACAUUCCACAUCAGUAG